AUGGCUUACGGCAGCUCUCUCGAUCACAAAGAUCAGUUCGGCUACUCAUUCUGGCUCUCGGCAUGUGCUUUGGUCCUGGCGGCUGCAGACACCGUCAUCGCUGCUGCCAUAAAACGGGGAGGGAUAGUAUCAGAGUGGGACGAGACCGUACCACACGUAGUAUACGCCUACAAUAUUUCACCUCAUGAGGCGACGAACGAAAGCCCUUUCUUCAUCAUCCACGGGUUUGAUCCCGUGUUUCCCUCCAAUGUAAUACCAUCGGAUGAACUAUCACCGUACAGGAUGGACAUAGACGAUUACAAAGCCUCACUAAUGAGCGGCGUAAAGAUAAUCCAAGAAAAGUCAGAGAAAACAGCAAAGCUUGCCGCAGUAGGAUGA